AUGGAUUAUGUAAAACUUGUAUUUUUUAUGCUAUAUCCCUUUCUCUGUCAACUUGUUUUCUCGUCAUCCUUAUCUCAUUUAUGCCCCGAAGAUCAAGCUCUUGCUCUUCUACAAUUUAAGCACAUGUUCACCAUUAAUCCCAAUGCUUCUAAUUUUUGUCGUGAAAUAAUAACAGACCAAGAGAUUCAGUCAUAUCCAAAAACUCUUUUAUGGAACAAGACCACAGAUUGUUGCUCAUGGGACGGAGUUCAUUGUGACGAGAUGACGGGACAAGUAAUUGAGCUUGAUCUCAGUUACAGCACACUUCAAGGCAAGUUUCAUUCCAAUAGUAGCCUCUUUCAAUUAUCCAAUCUCAAAAGGCUUGAUUUGUCAUGUAAUAAUUUCACCGGAUCGCUCAUUUCACCUAAAUUUGGUGAGUUCUCUAGCUUGACGCAUCUUGAUUUGUCAGGUACAGGUUUUACAGGUCUAAUGCCAACAGAAAUCUCUCACCUUUCUAAAUUACACGUUCUUCGAUUCAGUGGUCUAUAUGACCUUAGUCUUGGGCCUCACAAUUUUGAACUGCUCCUUAAAAACUUGACCCAAUUAAGAGAGCUCAACCUUGACUAUGUAAACAUCUCUUCCACAAUUCCUCAGAAUUUCUCUUCUUAUUUAAAAUAUCUACAGCUUCCACAGACAAAUUUAUGUGGGGUAUUGCCCGAAAGAGUUUUCCACCUUUCCGAUUUAGAAUUCCUUGAUUUAUCAUCCAAUUCCCUGCUCACUGUUAGGUUUCCCACAACCAAAUGGAAUAGCAGUGCAUCACUCAUGAAGUUAUAUCUCUAUCAUGUGAAUAUUAGUGAUAGGAUACCUGAAUCAUUUAGCCAUCUAACUUCAUUGCUUGUAUUGGGCAUGAGUGAUUGUAAUCUGUCAGGGUCUAUUACUAAACCUCUAUGGAAUCUCACCAACAUAGAGUUUUUGGACCUUGGUAAUAACCAUCUUAAAGGACCAAUUUCCCUGUUCUCGAGAUUUGGAAAGCUCACGGAGUUAUCACUUAAAAAUAACAACUUUGAUGGUCAACUUGAGUUUAACAGAAGCUGGACGCAACUUGAAUCGCUACAAAUUGCGUCCAAUUACCUAACUGGUUCAAUUCCAUCCAACGGAAGUGGACUGCAAAACCUACAAUGGCUCGACUUGUCAUCAAACGACUUGAAUGGGACUAUACCUUUCUGGAUAUUCUCCCUUUCUUCACUGGAAGUGUUAGACUUGAGCAAUAACACUUUCAGUGGAAAAAUUCAGGAGUUCAAGUCCAAAACAUUGUCUAAAGUUUCUCUAAAACAAAAUCAGCUGCAAGGUCAUAUACCAAAUUCACUCCUAAACCAGCCAAUCCUAACAUUUCUUCUCCUUUCACACAAUAAUAUCAGUGGACAGAUUGCUUCAGCUAUCUGCAAUCUGAAAGCAUUGAUUUUGUUAGAAUUGAGAAGUAAUAAUUUGGAGGGAACAAUCCCGCAAUGUUUGGGUGAGAUGAAUGAAAACCUUUGGAAUUUGGAUUUGAGCAACAACAGUCUUAGUGGGACAAUCAAUAUAAAUUUUAGUAUUGGGAACUCUUUCAGGGUCAUUAGCUUGCACGGGAAUAAGCUAACGGGGAAAGUCCCACCAUCUUUGAUCAAUUGCAAGUAUUUGACACUUCUUGAUCUAGGUAACAAUCAAUUGAAUGACACAUUUCCAAACUGGUUAGGAAACCUACCUGAUUUGCAGAUUUUAAGCUUGAGAUCAAAUAAGUUUCACGGUCCCAUUAAAUCUUCACGGAAUACAAACUUGUUUGCGCAGCUUCAAAUUCUUGAUCUAUCAUCCAAUGGAUUUAGUGGCAAUUUACCAAUAAGUCUUUUUGGGAAUUUGCAAGCCAUGAAGAAAAUUGAUGAGAGUACAAGAACCCCAGAGUAUGUUUCUGAUGAAUUUGCUGGUUAUUAUGAUUAUUUGACGACAAUUACAACAAAGGGACAGGAUUAUAAUUCUGUUCGAAUUUUGGAUUCUAACAUGAUUAUCGAUCUCUCAAAGAACAGAUUUGAAGGUCAUAUUCCUAACAUUAUUGGAGAUCUCGUUGGACUUCGUACCUUGAACUUAUCUCAUAAUGUCUUAGAAGGUCAUAUACCAGCAUCAUUGCAAAAUUUAUCUGUACUCGAAUCAUUGGAUAUCUCAUCUAACAAAAUCAGCGGAGGAAUUCCACCACAACUUGCAUCCCUCACAUUUCUUGCCGUCUUAAAUCUCUCUCACAAUCAUCUUGUUGGAUGCAUCCCCAAAGGAAAACAAUUUGAUACGUUUGAGAACACUUCAUACCAAGGGAAUGAUGGGUUACGUGGAUUGCCACUCUCAAAACACUGUGGCGGUGAUGAUAGGGUACCACAAGAGACAAUUCCAGUUGAGCUAGAUCAAGAAGAAGAAGAAGAUUCACCAAUGAUCAGUUGGCAAGCGGUUCUCAUGGGUUACGGUUGUGGACUUGUUAUUGGACUGUCCGUAAUAUACAUAAUGUUGUCAACUCAAUAUCCAACAUGGUUUUUGAGGUUGGUUGUGCAAUUGGAACACAGAAUUACUACGAGAAUGAAAAGGCACGAGAAAAGAUAUUAGUGAGUAGCUACCUCCAGGAUUCAUCUCUACAAAGUUUCUGAAGAUGCAGAUAAAAGCCUUUAUCUUUCAUAGUUUGUGAUGUUUCCAUAAAGUAUUUGUUAUCCUAUGAAUAAAGACAUGACUUUCCCUUC